AUGAUCCAGUUUCUCCCUACACAGGCUGGUUGUUGAACAUUACAGAAAUCAAGCAACCACAGCCCCUACCAAUGCCUUGUACUGGAGGUUGCUGGGCACCCUUGGUCGACUACCUCCCCGAAACCAUCACUCUGCGGGGACCGCUGCAUCGGUGCAACAUUGCUGUCAUUUUUAUGACGGAGAUGGUGGUGGACCACAGCGUGAGGGAGGACUGGGCUCUCCACCUGCCACUGUUGCUCCAUGCCGUCUUCUUAGGUUUGGACCACUACCGGCCUGAGGUCUUCGAACACAGCAAAAAACUACUGCUGCACCUCUUGAUUGCCCUGUCCUACAACAGUAACUUCCACGCCAUCGCGUCCGUGCUCCUGCAGACACGAGAGAUGAGCGAAGCCAAGACUCUGACUGUCCAGCCUGCAUACCAACCUGAGUAUCUCUACACAGGCGGCUUUGACUUCCUGCGAGAGGACCAGUCGUCACCAGUGCCGGACUCGGGGCUGAGCUCCAGCUCCGCGUCAUCCAGCAUCAGCCUGGGGGGCAGCAGCAGUAACCUCCCGCAGAUGGGCCAGGAGGUGGAGGACGUGCAUGCAGCUACGGAGACCGACGAGAAGGCAAACAAGCUCAUUGAGUUCCUGACCACCAGGGCGUUUGGUCCACUUUGGUGCCAUGAAGACCUCACACCCAAAAACCAAAAUUCAAAGAGUGCUGAGCAGCUCACCAACUUUCUACGCCAUGUUGUGUCCGUAUUUAAAGAUUCCAAAUCAGGCUUCCAUCUGGAGCAGUACUUAAGUGAAGUUGCGUUGCAGACUGCUCUUGCCAGCUCUUCAAGGCACUACGCCGGACGGUCCUUCCAGAUCUUCCGGGCCCUGAAGCAGCCUCUGUCAGCCCACGCCUUGUCCGACCUGCUCUCGAGAUUGGUGGAAGUCAUUGGAGAACACGGAGAUGAGAUCCAGGGCUACGUCAUGGAAGUGCUGCUAACGCUGGAGGCGGCUGUGGAUAACUUAUCUGACUGUCUGAAGAACAAUGACCUGUGGACCGUGCUGUCUCGCUCUUCAUCUCCGGAUUUAAGCUCCAGCACUAAACUGACAGCCAGCCGGAAGAGUACAGGACAACUCAAUGUGAACCCGGGAGCUGCCAGCGGUAACACAACCACUGCAGAGCGCAGCCGACAUCAGAGGAGUUUCUCUGUCCCCAAGAAGUUUGGUGUCAUCGACCGCUCUUCAGACCCACCUCGAAGUGCUACCCUGGACAGGAUCCAGGCUUGCACCCAACAAGGCAUCUCCUCAAAGACCAGGAGCUCAACCUCCUUGAAGGACAGUCUGAGCGACCCAACCCACAUCAACCACCCAACCAACCUGUUGGCCACCAUCUUCUGGGUCACAGUGGCCUUGAUGGAGUCUGACUUUGAGUUUGAAUACCUGAUGGCUCUCAGGCUCCUGAGCAGGCUGCUGGCUCACAUGCCGCUGGACAAAGCCGAGACCCGGGAAAAACUUGAGAAGGUCCAGGCGCAGCUCAAGUGGACGGACUUCUCAGGGCUGCAGCAGCUGCUGCUGAAAGGCUUCACAUCAUUCACCACCACAGACCUGACUCUGCAGCUCUUCAGUCUGCUGACCCCCGUGUCCAGAGUGCCCAUGGUGGAUGCCUCCCAGACCAUCGGGUUUCCGCUGAACGUCUUGUGUCUCCUGCCCCAGCUGAUUCAGCAUUUUGAAAAUCCCACUCAGUUCUGUAAGGACGUGGCAGAACGCAUCGCUCAGGUCUGUUUGGAGGAGAAGAACCCCAAGCUUUCGAAUCUCGCGCACGUGAUGACUCUGUACAAAACUCACAGCUACACCAGAGACAGCGCCACCUGGGUCAACGUCGUCUGCCGCUACCUCCACGAGGCGUAUGCUGACAUUACGUUGAACAUGGUGACGUACCUGGCGGAGUUGCUGGAGAAGGGCCUUCCGAGUAUGCAGCAGUCCCUGCUCCAGGUGAUGUGCAGUCUGCUCAGCUACGUGGAUUUGUCCCUCAUUCCUGUGAAGCAGUUUAACCUGGAGGUUCUGAAGACCAUUGAGAAAUACGUACAGAGCGUACACUGGAGAGAGACUUUGAAUAUCCUAAAGCUGGUGGUCUCCCGAUCGGCCAGCCUGGCUCUGCCUUCUUAUCAACACAGCGACCUUUCCAAGAUAGAAAUCCAUCGAGUGUGGACCAGUGCGUCUAAGGAGUUACCGGGCAAAACGUUGGAUUUCCACUUUGAUAUUUCAGAGACACCCAUCAUCGGGCGGCGGUACGAUGAGCUGCAGAAUUCUUCAGGGCGGGACGGGAAGCCCAGGACCAUGGCUGUCACCCGGAGCACGUCCUCCACCUCAUCUGGUUCCAACUCCAAUGUCCUCGUUCCUGUGAGCUGGAAGAGGCCUCAGUACUCUCAGAAAAGGACCAAGGAGAAGCUGGUGCAUGUCCUUUCCUUGUGUGGCCAAGAAGUAGGACUCAGCAAAAACCCAUCCGUGAUUUUCUCCUCAUGCGGGGACUUGGACCUGCUGGAGCACCAGACGAGCCUGGUGUCUUCGGAGGACGGCGCCCGAGAGCAGGAGAACAUGGAGGACACCAGCAGUGAGCAACAGUUCCGCGUCUUCCGAGACUUCGACUUCCUGGAUGUGGAACUGGAAGAUGGCGAGGGGGAGAGCAUGGACAAUUUCAACUGGGGCGUUCGCAGACGCUCGCUCGACAGCCUGGACCAGUGUGGCUUGCAGUUGCUGGAGGAGCACCAGCUGUCGGGAAGCAGCCCCAGCCUCAACCAACUGAACCACGAGGACUCGGACGAAUCCUCUGAGGAGGAGGGCCAGCUCCUGGAACCCUCGGACCUCAUCACAACCCUGCCCCCUUCUGAGGACACGAAUCACAUGGAAUCGCUCACCAUGACCUGCGAGCCCACCGCUGCAGAGCCCCACUCUUUCACAUCAAGGAUGGUGGGCUUGGACUGCUCCCUGCCCAAUGGGAAUCCCCUGCAGGUGUCGGAGAGUAAUAAGGUGGAAGCCGUGCGGGAAGAGGACUCCGCUGCGCAGGAAGAUGACCUUCCUAGUUCUGUGAACGAGCUCCCAGCUACCUUCGAAUGCAGCGGUAGCCUGAGCCUGGACACAACGGAAACAGAAGAGAAGGACGACCGGGCGCUGGAUUCGUUUACUCUUGCCAGCUUUGGGGAAGGGGACAGGGGAGUCUCCCCACCUCCAUCGCCCUUCUUCUCGGCCAUCCUCGCUGCCUUCCAGCCCACGGCCUGCGAUGACGCUGAGGAGGCCUGGCGCAGCCACAUCAACCAGCUCAUGAGCGAUUCGGAUGGUUCCUGUGCCGUGUACACCUUUCAUGUCUUCUCCUCCUUGUUCAAGAAUAUUCAGAAGAGGUUUUGCUUCUUAACCUGUGAUGCAGCCAGUUACCUGGGAGAUAACCUCCGGGGAAUCGGGUCCAAGUUUGUCAGCUCCUCGCAGAUGCUGACCUCCUGCUCCGAGUGCCCCACGCUUUUUGUGGAUGCUGAGACUCUCCUCUCCUGUGGGCUCCUGAACAAACUCAAGUUCAGCGUUUUAGAACUGCAAGAGUACUUGGACACCUACAACACCAGAAAAGACGCCACUCUCUCAUGGCUCGCAAACUGUAAGGCGACAUUUGCCGGAGGAUCCAGGGACGGCGUCAUUACCUGCCAGCCAGGGGACUCAGACGAAAAGCAACUGGAGCUCUGUCAGAGGCUGUACAAGCUACACUUCCAGCUGCUACUGCUGUUCCAAUCGUACUGUAAGCUCAUUGGCCAGGUGCAUGAAGUCAGUUCCAUGCCCCAGCUGCUGAACAUGUCCAGGGAACUGAGUGACCUCAAAAAGAACCUGAAGGAGGCCACAGCGGCCAUCGCAGCAGACCCCCGGCACACUGAAGGCGCCUGGGCAGAGCCAAGCUUCACGUCCACGGAGGCUGCCAUCCAGGCCAUGCUGGAAUGCCUGAAGAACAAGGAGCUUGGCGGCGCCCUGCGGCACAUCCGGGAAUGCAGAAAUCUGUGGCCCAACGACAUCUUUGGAAGCAAUUCCGACGACGAGGUUCAAACCCUGCUGAAUAUCUAUUUCCGCCAUCAAACUUUGGGGCAGACGGGGACUUACGCGCUGGUGGGGUCCAACCAGAGCCUGACAGAAAUGUGUACCAAGCUGAUGGAACUGAACAUGGAGAUCCGGGACAUGAUCCGCCGGGCCCAGAGCUACCGAGUCCUGACGGCUUUUCUCGCGGACUCCAGCGUCUCGGGCACAAGUCUCUGA